UUCAAUAUGGCGACGAAAAAGGAUGAAUCGAUGGAGCUGCAAGAAUUUUUAAGGACUAGAUAUAGCAGCUGUAUGUUCUGCAGUGGGUAUUAUGGGAACAGCUUUGGGGAACCAGUGUGCAGUACCUGUCACAUGUUCCUGUUCUCAUCUGACAUUAACAAGGAAGAAGGGGAGGAGGAAGUGUUUGGAGAGAAAGCUGACUCUGGUGACAGUGGGAAUGAAGAGCCGGAUAUGGCACAGGACUUUUGUGAGCGCCCCAUGAUGCCGUCCAGUGCUGCCCAUGCGAGGGCUACACGAGAGGUCUCGCACAAGAUGGACAGGCUAGCAGAGAGAAUCGGCAUGCUGACAAUACCAAGGGAGAGAGAUAAUAUACCUGAGGGGCUAGUGGACUCAUUACCUCCUGAAGUUCUGCUGGUAGUAUUCAAGUACCUGGACGACAUAUCUCUCUGGACAGCAGGCAUGGUAUGUCCAAGGUGGCAGCAGCUACUUCAAGGGGAGACAACCGAGACUCGCUGGCAUGAGUUUAUCAAACUGAGAUGGCCGCUGUUUAGUCCCAAUUAUAAAGUGAAAAAUUGGAAAACAAUUUACACUAAGUUGUUAGAGAGUUCUCCAUGUAGAUACUGCCUUGAAAGUAUGAUGUUACAGAGCACUCCCCCAAUAGAGGAGAACUCCUGGCGUCACAGACGUCUGCGCAGUGAGCUGAAGACUUUGAAAUCAGACCCCCCAGAGGGUAUAAGGGCCGAGCCCCUUGACCGUCAUUGUUGUCACUGGCAGGCCUCGAUUACUGGGCCCCAGGGGAGUCCUUUUGAAGGCGGCCUGUUUCUUCUGUAUCUACAGAUACCAGACAGUUAUCCAAUGAGGCCACCGAAGGUUCAGUUUAUAACAAAAAUAUUUCACCCGAACAUUAGUCGGCAUGGUGACGUGGGUCUGGACUCGAUACAUUACAACUGGAGCCUAGCAUUGACAAUUUCAAAAGUGCUUAUCAGUAUACAGUCGUUACUAACAGACCCUUACUGUGAUGUUUGUAUGGAGCCAACCAUAGGAACAAUGUAUAAGAAAAAUCAUGGCGAGUUUGACCGGAUAGCUCGUCUGUGGACUUGGAAAUAUGCUAUGCAUGAUUUUCUUAUGCCAAUGGAUAUAGAUCUGAAUGGUGUUUGAAAUAUUCAGAUUGGUGAAUAUUCUUAAAUGACAUAUUAAUGUGUAUUUGUUAUCAGUAAAGAAACUUAAAUUAAGGUUUUAUCAGUGAUUCACCCCCUCCCACUUUGCAUACUUAAAUACUUGCCCAUUUUCUUCCUGAAUCAUGCUUAACAUCAUACUGAACAUUAAUCAAAACAAUUACAUUCAGAACUCUUCGGCCAUUUUCCAUUGAACAUAACCUCGGAUAUGUAUGGACGGUUUACAAUGUCAGAAAUCUUUACAAUUUAACUACGCUGCAAGUAGAUCAUGGAGCAAUUUCAAAAAAGCAGUUUAACUUGAUGACUUUACUCUUGGGAAUCUUAAUUUUUUAUGCAAUUGUACACUUCACUGGCAAUCAAUUUAAACUAAGUAAUACAAAAUACUUGUUAAAACACUACUAUUAAUGAAUACUUUUAUUUUAAAUUUUUCAAGAACUACUUCUAUAGAUGUACCAGAAUGCAUCCGAAGGAUGUUUUUGAUGGAAAAUGGUCAAAGAGUUCCGAAUGAAAGAAAUAAUAUUCAACAGUUUUAAAAGACUGUGUACCAUCAAAGGCAAAGUUUUGAUUACCGUAUAUGCGUGUAAUGUUCUGUGAUAUGAAUAAUAAAAGACAUAAAGUA